UCAGCGUUGGGAUUGAAUGCAGACAGUGGAGGAAAGGAAAGCAAUCCCUGUGGCUUAGUCUGAUAAUCCUCUGAAAGUAAAUUGGCCCUACUCUAAUCAACAUAGUUGUUGGAAGAAAAGUGAAAUCAUUUCACUUCCAAGAGAAUAAAUAUCAGACGCCAGAAGGUGUACUUGUGUGUUUUGGUAUACAGCUAUUUUCAAUUCAACGCUUGUCUCUUGUGCUUCUCAUGCAGCCUUUUGCUGUGAAAACAAAACCCCCAAUCCUGCUUUAAUGAAUGAAGUUCAGUUUCACCUAGCUUGCCCUGUUGUGAUAGUCCAGUGCAAAAUGUUACCUGCUCUGCCCUGUAGAAAGACUGUUGGAACAUUCCUGUUACCCACUGGAACGCAGGACUUGCACUGCUCCCUUUCUAGGUUUGGCUGUCCAGACCCCAGACCAGGGAGAUGGGGGAAUGCACUCAGACACUGUCUCUCUCCCAGGAGUGUCACUUUGUUUUGAACCAGUCUUGAUAUAGAAAUACUACUGCAUUCUGUUCUAAUUUUCCAGAGCCCCCUAAUCUUCUUCCAGGCUCUUAAUGAUGUAGUUGAUAAUAGGAUUGUUGGUAUUAAUUUGGAACAAUAAUGCCAGCUGCUUGCUUGGUGGCUAUUGGCAGAGGGGUGACCUUGCAGGUCAGCUAAGCAGAACUGGAAGUGCUUUGAUCUGAUCUAUACAGAGCUUGUCCACCCGAACAAGAGAAGCGAGUGGAUUCUCUCUCCAUGGGAUGCUGAUUCUUCUCCAAGGAGCACGGAGGACAGCAUGGCAGUGGCUUUUGAUGCAAUCCUAGCUCGGAUCAAGGAUGUUUGUAAAAGAAAUGGUUUGCUUAUUCUCUCGGUGUUGUCAGUCACCAUCGGCUGUCUUCUUGGAUUCUUCCUGAGGACGAGGCGGCUUUCCCAACAGGAAAUCAGUUAUUUCCAGUUUCCUGGUGAGUUGCUGAUGAGGAUGUUGAAAAUGUUGAUUCUCCCACUGGUUGUCUCAAGCUUAAUGUCUGGGCUAGCAGCCCUGGAUGCCAAGACUUCCAGUCGGUUAGGCAUCAUAACCGUCACUUACUACCUGUGGACAACAUUUGUGGCUGUGAUUGUGGGAAUAAUUAUGGUCUCCAUUAUUCAUCCUGGUGGAGCAGCACAGAAGGAGAGCACUGAAGAGGGCGGAAAGCCCAUCAUGAGCUCUGCAGAUGCACUGCUUGACUUAAUCCGGAACAUGUUUCCAGCCAAUCUUGUUGAGGCCACAUUCAAGCAGUAUCGCACCAAAAGUAUUCCCAUCAUUAAAUCUAGCAAAGCAUCAUCUGAAAGCACCACUCGUCGCAUUAUAAUAUAUGGAGUCCAGGAUGAGAAUGGAUCCAAUGUCCAGAAUUUUGCCUUGGAUAUCACUCCCCCUCCUGAAGUGAUUUACAAAUCAGAGCCAGGCACUAGUGAUGGCAUGAAUGUGCUGGGGAUUGUGAUAUUCUCUGCCACAAUGGGUAUAAUGUUGGGAAGAAUGGGGAACAGUGGGGUUCCUUUGGUCAGCUUUUGCCAGUGUUUAAACGAAUCUGUCAUGAAGAUCGUGGCAGUUGCUGUUUGGUAUUUCCCAUUUGGAAUUGUGUUCCUAAUUGCUGGUAAAAUCUUGGAAAUGGAUGACCCUUCAGCCAUUGGGAAGAAACUGGGUUUCUAUGCCAUUACGGUGGUGUGCGGCCUGGUGGUGCAUGGCCUGUUUAUUCUGCCAAUGAUGUACUUCUUUAUCACCAAGAAGAAUCCCAUUGUUUUCAUCAGAGGGAUUCUUCAAGCCUUGCUUAUUGCUCUGGCCACAUCCUCCAGCUCAGCCACACUGCCUAUUACUUUCAAGUGCUUGUUGGAGAAUAACCAUGUGGACAGGAGGAUCGCGAGGUUCGUGCUGCCUGUGGGAGCCACCAUCAACAUGGAUGGGACGGCGUUAUAUGAGGCAGUGGCUGCCAUCUUCAUUGCACAAGUAAACAACUAUGAGCUGGACUUUGGGCAGAUUAUUACUAUAAGUAUCACGGCAACAGCUGCCAGCAUAGGUGCUGCAGGGAUCCCACAAGCUGGCCUGGUGACGAUGGUCAUUGUUCUGACCUCAGUUGGGCUCCCAACAGAUGACAUCACGCUGAUCAUUGCUGUCGACUGGGCACUUGACAGGUUUAGAACAAUGAUCAAUGUCCUGGGAGAUGCACUGGCUGCCGGGAUCAUGGCCCACAUCUGCCGGAAGGAGUUUAUGAAGGACGGUGAUGAGGUGCCACUGAUCUGUGAAACUAAGCCUAUUAACGUCCAUCAGAUUGUGGCUUACCAGAGAAAUGGCUGUGUGAAGACCAUGAAUGCAUCUCGUGGACCAGAAACAGUGAAGGCGUUCCAGCACCACAUACCUGUACAAGUGGAGCAAGAAGAAAGUCCAGUGGAGAAUCACACUAAGAAAUCCAACAGUAAAGACCACUGCACUAUUGAAAUAAAUGAACUAGAAACAAACGUGUAACUGCUACACUCAGGGGUAUCUCAUACCCCAGUGACCUGAUAACCAGUCUCUACCUCACAGCUGGAAGAAGGACUUUUUGCCUUGAACAGGAAAAUGGGGGAAAAUGUGUGAUUAUCACCACUCUGCUUGUACUGGAGCAGGAGACCAGCUGUGACCAUCAGGAAAGGCACACAGCUCGCACAAGACAUGGGUUUCUUUAGGUGGAAGAUUUCAAUACUGAAAAACAUAACUAAUGGACAACUGCUGGUUUAUUAUGCACUCAUUUGACUCCAAUAUAGUAUUUGACACUCCCUUGGCUUAUUUUUUUUAAAGUUUUUUUAUUUGACCCUUUUUGUUUUCUAACCAAAGCCUUUUUUUUGUGUGACUCUCAGUAAUUAUGAACACUGUAUUUAUGUAGAUACUUUGCUAUGUGAUUUAUGUAUUUUUUGCUAUGUUUCACCAUGACUACAGGUUUUGUCUAAUAUUUGCUAAAUACAGAGUUUGUGCUUAGUUUUAGAACAGCAGGAAGAAAAUCACACUGAUUUCCUGAUCUCAAGGGGUUACAUGUAUUACUAAAUAACACUUCAAGCAGAUGUGAAGCAGAGCAUGCAUUUUUGCAAGACAGCAUGUUAAGGUAAUUUGGAUGGGCAGCCUUCAGAGAGAGGCAUUCAGGUGUGAUACAUAACACACAGAAUUCCUAGGUCACUACAGAGCACAGUUUGCCUUCCAAGUGCCAGAUUUAUUAACCUUUUUUUAACCUAACUUUUCAGUAGAGUCAGUACCAUGCCCUUGCAGUGGCAGAGGCAGUGUGAGCCCUAAUCCAUAAGCACUGGUGCUAAUGUGUCCUAUCCUGUAAUCUGUAGACUGUUCUACUGUAAAUAUGCAUAAACACAAAGCUCAAGCUCAUGAACCAUAUGCUUCCUCCUAAAAGCAGACUGGACACAAACUGGAACCUGAUGAUGCUGAAGUAGUAUGGGGGUUUUGAGAGGAGAUUGCUGUGGGAACUGACCUGGUCUUUUUUAUGAUUCGGUGGUUGAUCUACAUUGACAGUUACUCCCUUUCCACUGUCUACUGAAUCUUUCAGUUACAAUAAAAUCUGCUGAGUAUGUUUCCAAUGUUUGUGAUAGAGAACAUUUUUAAUAAACCUGCCAUUUAAAAACAGGCUGCCUGUGCUUCUGCUAUUAGUGUCUGCUUAGUUCUGUGCCAGAAUGGAGAGUGGAAGUGAGGAGACCUUUUCAAGCGGUGGGAUUCAAUCCAGAGAUGACAUACUAGUUCAUACCAGUACACUUGACUAUAUUUAGCUACUUGUGGUAUAUCAGUUUCAGAUAACAUGUGCCUUGUAUUAUAAUACACUUCUCUCAUCUGUAGAGUAAAAAUAACCCAGUCAAAAAGGACAGUCUCUGCACUUACCAGAAGCAGAGGUGCUUCAUGCACAUGAUUCAUGGUUUUCCUCGGAAGUGGGUAUUUACCUCUUUGAGGGCUGCUGUUCAGACUAUUUCUUUUGCCAUGCACUAAUUAGUUGCCUCUGAGAGGUCUAUACGGGUAGUUUAAAUGUCAAAUGAUAAAGCCAAAAAGAACAAACAUACAUCUUAUUUGCCUAUAGUUUCUGAGAAAUUAUGUAUUCAAUAGAAAAUACACACAGUUGGUAACUUUAUUUGAUCCUAGAGUGAAAACAAUAAACACAGAACAAAAGAAAAGGGAAGAACUGGAAUAAUUCAGAAUAAUUUACUCCUGAACAGGUCCUGUAAUGGAUCUGUUCCAUAGAGUGCCAUUAAAACGGGUGAUAUGAGAGAGCUGAGGCUGGUCUGUGCCUCUGUGAAUGCACAGAAGCAUAACCUGACAAACACAGCAUCUGAUCCUUUCAUCUCAGCAGCACUGACAGCUCCAGGAGGUCCUCUUCCUUCUUCCCCAGCUGUCCAUUUCUCCCUGCACUUCCUCCUCUCCUCUCCCAGCUGUACAGACCCAGUUAUUUAUGAAACCAGAUGAAGAAUCAGAUGAGAAGUACUUUUAAUUCAAACCAGUUCACAUAUGUUUUCAGCACAGUCAUAACAGGCAGUUGUGUCAACCCAAGUGAAGGGGUAACACAGGGACAAGAACAAGCAGCCAGGGAUGGAACUGUGUAAGCACAUGUGCCUUUGCCAGCAAAGAAAGUAUAAAGUUUUAACUUCAUACAGUCAGUUACUUCACGGUUAACUAUGUGAAGUGAUAGUAAAACCCUGUCAGUCAUCACUUUACAAUAACUUUGCAUAGAUAAAAAUGAUGAAGAAAGAGGCCAAGUACAUCCAAGAUUUGGAAUUAGUAGUUCCAAACUAAAUGGUUGUGGAUAAGUCUGCCCACACACUGUGCCAAGGUGCCAUGGUCUGCCAAGCACAAAGUUCUGCUAGCCUUAGCAUCACCACCUUCUCCAGCCACCUAUGACCUUUGGCUAACUACAAAGUGUAAAUCCUUUUGUCUGCUUCUCUGAGACAGCUUACAUAGUCUGACACUCUUCAGAUUAGUCAUGUCUCAAAAGGUCUAAGCCAACCCCAGUAAUAAAAAGCUGUGACUUCUACAAGGAGAACUUCAGAUGAGAUAAAGCAUCAAAGGCCAGAAGAAGCAGCCAGCUGUGCCACACAAGACCUGCACAACAAAGAAAACCACGAGUGUGCCCUUUACACUCUGGCAAGUAGGGAACAUGUGUGAGGGCAAAUCUUUAUGGAAUCAACAGGCUGUUGUAAAAUUAGCCUUCUGCAUUCAAACCUUAUUCAAAGAAUGUCCAGUUUUGCUUUGCAAAUUUGAAAUGCAAUUGUUUGGGGAGUUUUACAUUCUACUGUUCACGUCUUUAAACCUGGGGGUUUAUACUAAUAUGUGUCUCCCACUCAGCUGGGAGAAAGGCAAUGGUCCAGUUUAUCACCAGAUAACUUUAUUCUCUGUGGUAUAAAUACUGCUAACUGUAGGCCUAGAGCACUUUAGUGCUUUGCUCUGGUAAAUACACAUUGCUUAGUGAAGUGUGACCUUGACUGGAGCAUCUGCCCGUUCCAACAGUCCUCCUGUACUGAACACAAGAGCCCACUGUUAACUGAGAAGAGGCAAACACAGAAGGUAAAAUAAUUUUGAUGGUAAGUUUUCAUUUAUGUUAGCUAUUUUUUGUGUCUCACAGUGUUCGUUGUCAAGCAGCUUGACACACAGAGCAAUUAGGCUAGCAGAAGCUUCCAUAUGAUAAUUGCAUGCAUGGAUCUGUUCAUAUUUUCCAGUUAGAAUCACACUUCCUUCCAACAAAAAUAAUGAAGCUGUUGCUUAUCAAGUUAGAGUGCAAGCUUUGUGUUGGUAAAUAUAUUUCUCCUACUUUCAGAGCAUAAAAACAAACAUGUGACCUUUAUAGUCUCAAAACGUUCAUAUGAAAAAGAUCAGUCAAUCAAUCAAUCACUAAUUACAACAGUUUGCAUGGAAUAAUCUCAAGUAUAUGUGGAAAGAACAUAUUUCAUAACUGGCAACAUUCAAUCGUAUUUUGAAGUUGCCUCCCCCUGCUAAAAAGAAAGGGAACUUAGCCAAUAAAAGUAUACUUAAGACACUAGAGGAGAAUGUUGAGGAGGGAGAGAAGAUGAUUAGGAAGAGUGGUGCGUUGUAUACAGCUAUGGAAGAAAUACAUUGGGAAAUAACUCAGCACAUACUUGUCAGAGACAGAAGUUUUAUGCUGAUUAUUUUGCAGCUGCAUUGCUCUAGAGACACUACUGAGAAGAAAGAAGCCACUGCAGAUUGUUGGGGUAUAAAAGCAUCCUUAAAGACAUCUUAAAAUCAGUUCUUGAGGAUUCUGCCAAUGUUAAGGAAGUUUUCAAGUAAUGAAUUGCUGUAAUAAAUCCAUGUGCAAUUAGAGCUGGGAGAAAAAGACACAACCAGAGCACUCACACAUCCCACUAACUCCCAAGAACGUUUGAUUGCCAGCCCAAAUAUGGAACCUUAUGGAACUAAUAGAGUUGCUCAUAUUCCCAACUAGUCUUAAUUGAUGCAGCUUAAAUUACUUAUUUGUAGCUAAGCUUUCUUUGUGCCACCUGAAUAUGUAUUCCAACAUACAAACGAUGAUCUAAACAAUUAGAUGAAAUAUUAAAUUGUAGGCUCCCUCCAUGCUAUGCUGCCAAUUGUGAAGCACUUAGAAAGUACAGUAACUCUGUGGCAUCCCCAUUUGAUGAGCUCUUGCUUUCAAUUCUACAACAAACAUCAAUUUCAGUUCGUUUUUAACAAUAGAAAACUGAUCCAUAAUAUUUUCAAAGCAGACGGAAAGCUCCAUCUUCAAGCCAGAUGGAUGAUCUUGGAAGUGACCUCAGUCCUUUCUGUGCUUUCCAUCAAAAUGAGGUAACUACUUGCAGAAGGUGGUUGUGUGCAAGCUAAAUAUGUAACCUGGGAAAUGAAUUGAAUUUGGAAAACUCAGGCUGCCUUUGAUCUUGCCCACUGCUAAGUACUCCUGUGUCUGUGUCUCUACUGAACGACCAGGUGUGUUUUCACAUCCAGACAGCUAUCUUUCAUUACAGUCACAGUGGCAGUGAGGAAUUGAUGCUGUUCCCCUCCAGGCACUAAGCUGGCUGGGAUCAGAGUCUUCCAGCUCAGGACUAAAUACAGCGAGGAGAGACAGCAGUGAGGUUUUCCUAGAGGGAUGCUUACCGCUGCCUGUCUCGCAGUGGGGAGCACAUCUUUUUGUGCUGGAAAAUAUCUGACUGUGCUGUAUUUGGAAGAGAGGCUUCAGUAUAGACAAAUUUAAUGCAUCCAUUCACUAAGGGAUGAGCUACAAAUUAAAUGCAUGUAUUAAACUUCUCACUUUAGCCUAUGAUUUCACAUACAGCUAAGGCAGCAAUAGAUGCUCAAAAUUACAUUCCUCACCAACUACUUUGGAGCACACUGAUUGAUACUUCUGGAAUUUACAAGAGGGUUUGUCUCACAAAACCGCAAACAGAUGAGACAAUACAAACAGAUGAGAUCAAUAGAACAGGAAGGGUGGUCACUGCUUCAACUCAGUUCAUUAUUCACUGCCUCAGACUUCUUAUGUGAUCUCAUGGUCAAGUGACCACAAGAACUCAAGGUUUGCUUCUCAUCUAUAAACAGAGAAAAAACAGUUUUCUCAUUCGCAGGGUGUUGCAUGAUAAGGAUAAAUCAGCUGGAGACUGAGACAGUUACAUAAGACAUAUGAUUACCUUGGAUUAGCCACUUCUGUCUCUCUAGAAGUGCAGCUUCACUACUCACAAUAUUCACAGGAAUUGCCAGGCUCCUGUUUGAAGUGACAAAACCUCAGAUUCCAUCAUUUAUCAAGUAGCAACAGUUGCAUCUCCAUAGCCUAGAAGAUGAUAGAUGGGAACGGGUUUGGCACAGCUGAGACUUUGGCAGAUUUGUGUCACAAGAUAGUUUAGAUAUUUUACAGGCUGUCAAAGUAAAAUCACAGCAAUCUGUUACUGGGAGAGUGGUAUUUUGGGGAAUGAAGAAAGAAGGCUUCAGAAAGACAAGAUGGUGAGUCUUCCAUAAAAUGAAGUGUUUAAUCACUUCUUCUCCUGCAAUAGAAAUCAAACUUCCUUUUCAUGCUGGCUCCAAGAUGAGAAGGUACCAAUAGCUGCAGAUGUAGGGACGGAGCAAGCAAUCCCUCAUAGAGCUUCUGCUGGUGAACAGUCACUAAAGACAGAUCUACAGGUAUCCAUGUCUGUGACUCACAGGUCAUCCCUACACA